AUGCCUCAUCCUCCCGACGCUGCUGGCAUAGGUGCAGCGGCAGCUGAUGCCGCUGCUGCUCCUGCCGCAGGUGCAGCCACCGCCGCCAAGCAGGUCGUCAACGAUCCCGCCCGCACCGGCUUCGACCCCCAGACCAAGUGGUGGAUGAACUACUUCCGCAUCCUGUCCGGCCAGAUGACCCCCGAGGGCCAGUUCCACUAUCGUGAGUGGCGCUACCGCGUGCACGAGGAGCGCGACUGCAAGCGCUGCGAGCAGCACCGCGACUGGCUCUUCGCCUACUCGCCCGUCGUACGCUUCCUGCGCGACAAGGUCGCCGACCUCAACGGCCGCCUCGACGCGGCCAACAUCGUCUGCCGCCGCUGUCCCGCCCGCCUUGAGGUCGACGACAAGGCCGCCGACGGCCUCGCCGUGCACCGCCAGUCCGGCGGCUUCAGCCCGGGGCACGGCAUCCUCAUCUGCGCCAACGAGAUCCGCGACCGCAAGCACCUCGAGGACACCCUCGCCCACGAGAUGGUGCACGCUUGGGAUCACCUGCGCUGGAACGUCGACUGGAUGGGCGACAAGGACCUCAAACACGCCGCCUGUACCGAGAUUCGCGCAUCCAUGCUCAGCGGUGAAUGUCGCUGGACUCGCGAGGCCUUUACCCGCGGGAACUGGACCCUCACGCAGCAAUUCCAAAACUGCGUCCGCAGGCGCGCCAUCCAGUCCGUAAUGGCCCGGCCGCGAUGCAAGGAUGACGUCCAAGCCACCCAAGUCGUCAACCAGGUCUGGGACUCGUGCUUCUCGGAUACCAGACCAUUCGACGAAGUAUACCGAUAG